UCCUUGAAAACAGGUACUGCUGUGUGACUGCAAGUGCUUGGCACUUAAUAAAUAAGUGUUGAAUAAAUGGUUAUUCCUCUUUAAAUUCCCAGCACCCAGCAUGGGACUUAACACAUACUAGUAAAUGUUAAUUGAAUGAAUGUUGUUAAAUAUGAAUACUGUGUUUUUGCCUAGUGGUGUAGGUAUAGGAAGCUGUGGUCCCCAGAACCUUGAGGUAGGAGUGGUAGUUUAUGGUAGAAUUGGCUGGCAAACGAUCAGGAAGAGCUGGGGAAUUAUCUGAAUUAUUUUCUCCCAGCUUUUGUUUUUUCUCUACAGGCACGGGUUAAAAUUGGAGCCUAUUUCCCAACCUGAAGACAAACAGCAUCAUGUGGUUACUAACUGCUCUUCAUUCACCUAUUGAUGCCUCCCAGAAAAAAACGGCCCCAACGUUCCCAGAAAGCCCGGCUGCUAUUCCACCACCAACCACUGGAGGGCCCCAAACACCGCUAUGGAUCACCACAGCUUCCCAUCACUCACACUCGACAGGUGCCUAGCAAGCCCAUUGACCACAGCACCAUCACUUCCUGGAUAUCACCUGAGUUUGAUACAACAGCAGAAAGCCAGUUCCCAGCCUACCGGAAACAUCAUUACCGGGACCAGGCAAGACAUUCAAGUCGAAAAUCUACCACCUCCAAGUUUCCACAUCUAACCUUUGAGAGUCCACAAUCUUCUUCCAUUUCAGAGACAUUGGAGAUCCCCUUAAUUAAGGAGUGCCCCAAUCAACCAGAAACGGACAAUUCCAGAGGACCCUUAGUUCCAAUGCUCAGUCCCCAAAGUUGUGGGGACCUGUCAGUACAUGCACUUCAGAGUUUACCUUAUGUGUUCAUUCCCCCUGAUAUCCAGACCCCAGAGUCCUCUUCUGUGAAGGAAGAACCUGUUCCCCCCGAACAGAAGGAAAAUAGCCUUCCAAGCUGCUCUCUUCACACUACUACUACUAGCAGCCCAGAGCCUGGGCCUAUUCUGGUUAAAGACACCCCUGAGAACAAGUAUGGACUAAAGGUCACGUGGAGGAGACGACAGCACCUGCUUGCUUACCUCAGGGAACGAGGGAAGCUGAGCAGAAGCCAGUUCCUUGUGAAAAACUGACUACCUCUCUCAUCAACAGUCUCCAGAAAUUGCUGAUUUUCAUAGAGUUGCUAAAGUCACUUUUCUGGCUCUCAAGAGUAUAUAGAUAAAAUAAAAGGGAAAUAACACAAAUAGAAAAAGAAGGUAUUUUAACUAGAGUCCUGGAGUCACAAGGGAAUUCAAUUCCCUGAUUUGCUUUUUAAGAUACCUUGUGUCAUAAACUGUUCACUUCAUAUUUUUCUUAUAUUAACUGUUUAAAAUGUAUGUAAAUAAAUGGUUGCAGAAAGUUUUU